AUGGUGAAGCUUACAAUGAUAGCGCGUGUCACUGAUGUCCUUCCACUGGUAGAAGGGCUGGAUAACGGGUGGGAUCGGAAGGAUUCUGAGUUCUACAAGCAGCAAGCUAAGCUUCUUUUGAAGAAGUUGUCAAAGGGGCAACAUGAAGCCUCGCGGAUGUCAGUUGAGACGGGAUCGUACAUUUUCCAGUAUCCUGUGUUACUUGUGAUCCUAGAAGUAAUUGAUAAAGAUAGUGGAGGUAGUUACAAAAAAAAGGAGGAUUUACCUUCUCUGGAGAUGAUGAACCGGGCUGGAGAGGAGGUGUGGGGCAGGGGUUAUGGCUGCAGGUGGCCGUCGUCGGCCGUGGGUUGUCAGAGGAUGCGACCAGGAAAACCAGUGGCGCUGGUGGAGACAACGGAGCUUGCCUGCGGCCAUAGCGAUGGUAGCAGCGUCGGGAUCAGUGUCGUCAGCCCCGGGGGAGGGUACCGGCUUGUCGGCGGACGUGAGAGAGGGGAGGGAGUUGUUCAGGCAGCGCACGCCUGA